AGACCAAAAAGGCAAAAGUAAAUAAAUAAAAAUGAGAAAUGGAAUAAAUGAAAAAGAAUUAUUACAAGAAGAAAAAAGUGGAAGGGGCAGUUGCACAAACAUUCAUUGAUUCAGAUCAAAAGAUAGAUGAUAUAAGAUUGUAAGGUCUUCCCACGUCAUCCAUCUACAAUUUAAUCUGAUUAUUCAGUAUACGAUGAUGUCAUCAUCAAACGACCACCGUACAAGCUUACCGGUGUCGGAUCCUCAACAAAGAGGCGGCGCCGCCGCCGGCGAACAGCGGAUGUUCAAAGGAUCCACCAUGACUUCUCGCGGUGCUUACGCCGCCGUCUCUUACAUGUCUUGCGCCGUGAUGCUGGUAUUGUUCAAUAAAGCAGCGUUGUCGUCUUAUAGUUUCCCAUCCGCAAAUGUCAUCACGCUAUUUCAGAUUAUAUGCUCAUGCUCCUUUCUUUAUGUUUUACGUCGUUGGAAAGUUAUCUCUUUUAGUUCCGGUGAUAAUGAUAACUCAACAGGGCUCGUGAAUUUGCAGACAGUGAUUCAAACUUCACCUCUUGCUCUGACUUAUUUACUUUAUAUGCUAGCCACUAUGGAGUCUGUACGGGGAGUAAAUGUACCCAUGUAUACUACACUUAGGAGGACAACAGUGGUUUUCACAAUGUUUGUGGAGUUUAUCUUGGUGGGACAGAAGUAUAGUCGAUCUGUAAUCGGCAGUGUAGCCUUGAUCGUAUUUGGUGCUUUUGUUGCUGGAUCUCGGGACUUAUCGUUUGAUGCUUAUGGCUAUUCCAUUGUCUUCCUAUCAAACAUCACUACAGCAAUUUAUCUUGCAACAAUAUCUCGUAUUGGAAAAACAAGUGGACUCAACAGUUUUGGCCUGAUGUGGUGCAAUGGAAUUCUGUGCGGACCAGUCCUGCUAUUUUGGACAUUUAUACGGGGUGACCUGCGUAUGACUGUGGACUUCCCAUAUCUGUUCACUCCAGGGUUUCUGGUUGUAUUGCUUCUGUCCUGCAUGCUCGCUUUUCUGUUGAACUACUCCAUCUUCCUGAACACAACUCUCAACUCAGCAGUAACACAGACGAUCUGUGGUAAUUUAAAGGACCUCUUUACGAUCACGUUAGGCUGGAUGUUUUUUGGUGGGCUUCCAUUCGAUCUUUUGAAUGUAAUCGGGCAAAUUCUUGGAUUUGUUGGAUCGGGUUUAUACGCCUACUUCAAGUUGUUUGGGAAGUGACUUACCGCCUACAUCCUAACAUGCAAUUAUGUAGUUACUACCUUCUACAGAUACGCAAUUUGGUUGGUACCUCAGAGUAUAAUAUAUACAACAUAUCAAGUUUGACCAUUUUUGGGGCAUGAUUUGGUCUUGCAUUAACUUUACAAGGUUCAGAGUUGGCAAUGGACAGAGUUUGGGAACCGUUCCUGAAUUUUCUUUUUCUCUUUAUCUGUAAAUUCGUGAUUUAAAUUUGCAUCAAUGCACUUCAACACUUAGAAGGCUAGAUUGUUUCGAUACUAGUGUGACUUCACAACCAUUUACUAAAAGAAUAUAAACUUCCGGAGAUAA